CCCGGAUGCAAUUCUCGUAUAGACACAGAAAAUGGCUGUCAAAACGAGCUCUCUCCUUUUCCGGAUCUUAUUAUUGUUGGUUGUGAUUUUCGUGUUAGUGUCACUAGCUGAAGCAGGGCGGGGUGGUGGAGGAAGAGGAGGAGGAGGAAGAGGAGGUGGAGGAAGAGGAAGAGGUAGUGGAAGAGGAAGAUCAACUUCAAGGUCAAGGUCCACAAGUUCAUCAAAACGGAAGGGAUUUCUCGGAUCCAAUACUGCAACCAAGGCUGCAAUAGCUGCAGGUGUUAUCUAUGGUGCAAGCUCGUGGCGACGGCGUCGGCUAUAUUACAGCAACCCAAACAGAGUGCCGACUGCCUGUUACAACGACAGAUACCGGACAAAUGUGUAUGGUAACGUGUCGUACCUGGGGCGUUUCUUGUGCCCAGGCGACGGGGAUGAGGAUGGCGAUGAGUACUGCUGUGGUGAUGAAGGGCAACAGACAUGUUGUUCGUUCUUUGAGGAUUCUGGACGAAUAGCUGGUCUGAUAAUCGGGAUCAUUGUAGCGUUUAUCGUAGUAGGGGUCUGUGUCUUCUGCUGCUGUAAACGUAAGAUAAAAGGAGGAAUGACUCCGGCACAAAGUAUCCGUUCACGGUUUUCUAAACGUUCAGGUCAAGGUCAUGAAAUGGCCGCUGUUCCACUGAACCAGCCACCGCCUCCCCUCAUCAAAGAUCCAACUCCUGGAGUUUACCCAGCCGCCACGACCUACCAACCGUACCCUCAGCCAGCGACAGCCCAGCCUAUGGUCCCGCCCCCUGCGUACGACACAACAGGCCCAGCUCCCUACGACCCCAAUAACCAAGGUAUGCCCCCUGUUGGGUUCAUACCCCCUGCUACAGGGUUUCAGACACCUCCAAGUAAUGCCCCUGCAGGCUACCAGCCACAGGGGGUACUCCCUGGAUACGACCAGCCACAGGGGGUACACCCUGGAUAUGACCAGCCACAGGGGGUACGCCCUGCUUAUGACGGGCCACAGGGAGUAAACCCUUCAUAUGACCAGCCACAGGGGGUACACCCUUCAUAUGACCAGCCAGGUUCCGACAUGAGUAAGCCCCCUUUGCCAGCCGGAGAUAUGAGUGGUCCAGGCUAUCCACCAGGUGGCUCCUAUCCAGUUCAGCCAGAUGCGCCGCCCUACCCUGGGGCCUAUCCCUCAGGCCAGUACACAGCCCCACCCUAUGGGGUACAGCCCUACCCAGGAGAAAACCCCUCACCCCAACCUUACCCUGCCUCACCAAUGGGAUUUGAUUCUCAGGAUGCCGUUCCAUACCCUCUAAAGCCACCAACUCAGUGAGGCUCAGGUUGGACUUCAGCGGAACAAGCUAAAUUAGGGGGUGUCAGUCUGAAGGGGUUCGAUUGAGAUAUAACAGCAAUUGGUUAAGUGAGAAACCCAGUGCUUUACAAGAAGAUGUUGUUACUGUUCAUUUGAUGAUAUCAAAGCACAAUUUUUAAAAAAAAAAGCAGAGAGAGAGAGAUAUUUUCUUAAAUUUGCAUUAAUUCAUCAGGAAAUAUAAGAUUUAUACUGAUAUAGGGCUGAUUCUCUUGUCUCCAAAUGAUCACUGCAGUUAAAGAUGGUAUCAGCUACAGUAAGAGUGAAAUCUCCUGGAAAUAAAUGAUUAAAGUAUAAUACAAUCUAUAUAAUAAUUGUAUUUCAGCUAUAAUCCACAAUGUUAUCGCUAAUAGUAUGGAGAAUUUUGACAAAAGUUGAAUUCUUAAGAGUGGUGGGAAAAUCCCUGAUUUUAUCAAGAGAUUCAGGACAUUCAUUCACUAGUUUUAAUGUUAUAUUCAAACCUUUUCAAAAACCUUAAGUUGUGUAAUCUACAACUCACAAUUAAGAAACAACUAUUAUAUUUUACCAGAGAUAAGCUCCCCCCCCCCUUUUCACAUUUUUCAGGCCAUAGACCCCCGUCCCCUUACUUUCCACCAUAAAAAAAGUGAUUACAGUUAAUAAAAGUUUAUAAAAACUGGUGGUAUGAAAUUCAGGAAAGUACAUACCUCAUAAAACAAAGAUGUGUGGUUUUUUCAUUCCUUUUUAGGAAGUUAUUCUAAUACAAGUCCAAUCUGUAGUUUUGAAUAUUGUUUUCCGUAAAUUGUUUUCCAUAUAGGAUGUUGUGAAAGGUCUAAUGUACUUAUAUAUUUUACUGUGUAUUAAACGUGUGGUACUGUGAUGGAUGGGAAUAUUCCAAAUCUGCUUUCAGGAAUUUCCAAAACGUUGUAUUCAUACCAUGCAUUACUGUAUUUUCCUGUUCGAUUUAUAUUACAAAUAUAUGAAGUUUUUUUCGUUAAUAUUUGAAUUGAUGAAUCUAGUUCAUAUUGUUUCAAAAUACCAGUAGUUAAUGUUUAACUCCCCUGUCCGAAAUUUUUAGGGGACGAUAAUCCAGAAAGUUCUGUAUUACGUACAUGAAACAUUCGUUGUGUUUAAAAUUCAUUGUUUUCUUGGUUGCUAUGGAACCAGGUAUGUAAAUACAACAGAUAUUGUAUGUAGUAUGUAGUAUUGUUGCCCAGGGUAACCACGAAAGUUUGUACUCACAAAAUUAUUUGGAAGUACCAAACCACAAAAGAAAUUACACACAAACAUUUACCGUAAAACCCAUGUAAUUUGCGCACCAGUGUGAUUUGCGCAGGUACUUUUUGUGCCUGAAAAUGUUGAAAAAAAACUUUUAUCCGUAUAUUUUGCACAUGAAAAUUUUUGACCAAAAACGAUGUCCAGGAGGACCCGAAAACGAUUCAUGAAAAUGACAAAGAUUAGCACAAUACUUUGCUUAAAAUCAUUCUAGUAAAUACUUGAUGAUUAAAAUAAUCUGAUUAUUUCUUGUUUGUAAUGAGGAAAUAGCAAAAUUGCAUCUUGUUUAUUUUCUUCAAAUUGACUGUAAGAGGAAAAGCUACGUAUGGUAGGCUAACCACCGUCCACAUGGUACUAUGAACAUUUAUCAGUUCAAACUAACACCCACUUUCAAAGAAAAGUAAAAUUAAGUAAUCACUUUUGCAUAUAUCGUCACAAGUGUAAGUUAUAUAUUAUAUAGGUACAGCCAAUAUAUUGUAAAAUUUCAUUCUCUCAAUGGCUACAGAGGUUGUCUCAAAAGCAGUGUGUAGAAAGGAACAAAAAUGUCUGGUUAAAUGUAUGUCAUGGCUAUAUCUGACGUUUUCCUGUUGAUGAAAUUGCUUCUUAUCCAUAUGUAACCCAGGUAAAUACUCGCCGCAAUAUACCGCUCGGCUAGAGAGAUCUUCUCUUCUCGAUCGGUUGAGCGUAAGACUAGUAAGCCAGUGGUCCCGGGUUCGAUCCCUAGCGGAGGCAAUGAUUUAAAUCGGCGGGAGAGCCUGUGGGUCAAAUGCAGGAUGUGGACAGCACAUAUAACGGUGACGUAAUCACAACACAAAUACUAAUCACGGGUACUAUACCCGUCCGACUUCUAAAUAAUAUACAUAACAUACACAUACCGUACACAAAGAUCAUACAGAUAGGUUUUGCUUCACAAGAGAAAUCAUAUUUUUACCACAUUUCAGGAAUAGUUAUUAUUCCAUGAGAGGUAAUUUCAUCUAAAUCUCAGGUUCUAUCCUGCCAAUCAUGUUUUUGUGUCAUGUUGGUUUUCACUCCUCCAUUUAUAGCAUUUAUUGUUGAAACAUCAAACUCACUUCAACACUGAACAAUCAUGGACACAACUUUUUUUAUAAUACAACUUGAUAUUUCUAAUUUGUUAAAUAUGGCUUGAUAUUUCUUAUUUGUUACAUACAGCUUGAUAUUUCUGGUUUUGUUGGAAACAGAUUGAUUGAUAAAAUAAUUUUCUAAAUUUGUUGUAUACAAACAUAUCGAUCAUACUGAUUUUGCUAUUUUCAACUUAAAUUUCUUUGUUUACUAUAGCAAGUUGAUAAUUCUAAUUUUGCUUUAUUAAUGUAACAUUAUCAUUUUAAGUUUAUUGUAGACAAUUCAGUAAUUAUAUUUUUGUAUCAAUAUAGAUAAUUCUAAUUUUUGUGUCGCCUGCGAAACGCGGGUGACAUAGAUAUCACCAUGUCAGCGGGAAUGUCUACACAGAGGUUUCUGUGCAAUAACUCAACUUCCUUGCCAUUCCAAACCCAAACUUCGUGCAGAUCUUCCUUACCAAAAGUGCUAGCUUGAGAUUGCUUUUCAGGUCCGAAGGUGGAAGGUCAAGGUCAUUGUUACUAAAAAUAGAAAAAUGGUUUCCUUGUGAUUGUACUCAAGUUCCAUUGGGCCCAUCAGACUCUUUUCAUGCAGUUUUUCCUUACCAAAAGUGCUUGGAUGGGAUUGUUUUUUGACUGGUUGAAAGGUCAAAGGUCAAGGUCUCUAUUACUGUAGAAUGCGGUGCUCAAUUACCGGAAGUGCCUGCUCUGUAUUGCUGAAUUUUAAGCAUACUUGAGUGAUGCAGGUGUUACUUACUAGGUACUUUUAACAUUAUUUCUUCGUAAUCAACCAACUUGCUGCGCAGGCGACACAUCCAAUUCCGUGGAAUUGUGUUUUAUGAAUAUAACUUUCUCAUCAUCCUAAGUUUGAUAUUCAUUGAUUUUUAUUCUAAUUUUGUUUUAUCAAUACAGAUAAUUCUAAUUUUGUUUUAUCAAUACAGAUAAUUCUAAUUUUGUUUUUUCAAUAUAGAUAAAAAAAAAAAUUUAAUUUUGUUAUAGAUAAUUCUAAUUCCGUUUUAUCAAUAUAGAUAAUUUUAUUUUUGUUUUAUCAAUACAGAUAAUUCUAAUUUUGUUUUUUCAAUACAGAUAAUUCUUAUUU